AAUCUUGAAUGGAACAUGAAUAGACUAAUGGUGUCUCGUCACAUAAAUAGUCCUGUUCAAAUAGUUUCACGCUAUUUAGAUUUGUAUUCUCGUGGUAUGGUUAAUGAUAAGGAUGUCCGAUUUACCGGGGAUAACGCGAUUGACGAGUCAUUACCCGCUGAUCGCUGCCGACAAUUAUUGCAGCAAUAUUUUUUUGAUGAUCAUGAGGAUGACAUUCAUUCCUACAGAUUCUUGGAAAUCUUUGUGAAUACACUGGCAGAUCAAUUGGUUCGAUUUUCUACAAGUUCGUUCUUUCAAAUAGAGCAAUUAUGUAGCAUGACACAGGAGACAAACAUUCGCUCAUCUCUUCUUGAAAUGUUGAUUGUGUGUUCUAAGAAAUUUGCAACACGAGCGAUUAAUGCCAAAAAUAAGAGAGAAAAAAACGCUCAUGCAAUUCAUGCGAAAGGUACUCAAAACAUGGACAGUGCACGAAUUGAAGAUAUCACACAGUGGGAUGACUCAAAUAAUCUUGUGGUUACAUUUCUAUCACAAAUACCGGAUUAUAUAUGUGCGCUUUAUCGAAAUAAGAACAAAGUGCCAGAUAAUUUGGUUA